AUGCCCAAAUCCGGCUUUGACCCGCAGCGCCAUCAGCGCAAACUGCAUCGUCACAAUCCGCUCUCCAAAUCCGGCUCGGCUUCCGCUUCCGCUUCCAAUAGCACACAUGCCUCGCCGUCCUCCGUCUCGUCUGCCACCCUUGAUGUGCUUCAGCAGGCCACAAAAAUCGCCAACGCAAGCAGCGCCGUACCCUCAGCACCUGCCAAGGACAUUGUUCCUCUUCUCUCCAACCUCCCCGCUCCCGAUUCCGACACCGGAACCACCGCGGCGUCAGCAUCAAAGCCCAUCAGCUUGGCCGACAAGGUAUGGUCGCUCGCCUCGGUAUCCUUGCUUCUUACCGUCAGUCCAACCCAGUCGGCUGCGCAGGUCAAACAUAACCGUAAACUUCUGCUCUCGCACAACAUCGUCGGCAGACUCUUGCUGGCUCUUCAGUCUCAUACCGAGGUCGAUGUCAGGCGCGAAGCCAGCGGCGCCCUGCGCAACCUCUGCGUCGACUCGGGCAUCGAGGUUCGCAACCAAAUCGUCAACAAGGGCGGCAUCUCCACUAUCCUUUCCGCCAUGAGGUGGGCUAGCAACGCUUUCGGUUUCGAUGCCAGCUCGUCGCAGAGCUCGUCUUGCAACCCUUCCGCUUCGUUUGUCGACGACACCCCCACCCUGCAGCAAGACCUCGAGGCGAAAUGCGCGCUCCUAGCUAUACCGCUCGACCAGCUCAACAAGAAGCAAAAGAGACACGCUACCAAGCUCGCUGCUGCGCUUGGAAAGACGCUUGAACAGGUCGCUGGUCAAGGCCUUUCUGCCCAAGACCAACAGAAGCUGCUCCUUUCGGCCAGCAGCGACUCAUCCUCCAACGACGCCAUCCAUACUGGCACCGCAUCCACGGCACAUCGCAGCGCAGAACCGUUUAUCGGCCUCGACUCCAACACGCGAAAGGGCCUGCUCGAGAUGGCCGAGAACCUGGUCACCCUCGUCUGGUGUCUGUGUGAGUCGGGCGACAAGGCUUUCAUCAAGCUCGUUACGUGGAAGUGGAUCGACCAAGACGUGGUCGAUUGCGCCGUCGACGAGAUCAGCGGGCAAGGACUUGCCGCAUGGCUUUCGUCUAGCGUUGCGCUCGGUUGCAGAGCUGCUGCGGUGCUUUCCACGGCUGGCGCCGAUGGAGCUCGUGCAUCCUCGUCAGCAGCAGAGACGCUCGGCGUGUUGACCAACGAGGAGCUCUCGUUGCUGCUUGACCUCGCUCUGGCAUCGGGCAACGCACUUUGUGCGCUCACCGACGGAGGCGAGCCGGAUUUCAUCGAUGGUAUGCUGGCACGUCGGUCGUCGGAACAGUCUUGCAAGAAGAAAGGUGCGAAACCGGCGCUAGCGGCACUGGCUGUGCCCAAGUCGAUCGACCAACAGCCGGCCUCGGCGACACGCUGCCUCGCUUCGAUUCAGUCGGCGCUCUCGUUGCUCGAAGCUUGCGUGCAAACCGACGCGAGCGAUCUGCACAAACUCAGGCGCUACGUGCAUUCGCAAUCUACCAUGCUCGGUGUCCUUUGCGCCGGUGUGUUGCGUAACCUCGCGGCUGCCGUCGAUUCGAAAGCUGCUGCUGCGUUGCGCUCCAAGUCGCGCAAGCACGGCAGCGUAGCUGCCUCUACCAUGACAUCGUCCAGCAUCUUUGUGCCGAUCGGCAAUGCAGCCAGUGGCAACGGUGCUAACGGUGCUCCAGCCACAGCGGUGUCGUUGAAAACGUACGAAGAAAGCUUGCUACUGCCGACGCUGACAAGUCUGCUUUGCGGCGUGGACAUGACGAAACUCGCGCACGAUCUGGACGGACGCGGGGACACGAGCGAGGCUGUGGCGCUGGAAUCGACGGCCAAGGAUACGGACGAGUCGGUGUUGAGGGCCAAGAUGCAGGCGAAAGCCGAGGAGAAGGCGCAGACGUUGAUGCUGGCGCUCGAGGUGCUCGCCGAGAUGGCGGGUAGUCUAGAUGCGCAUGCUACCGGUGGUGGAGAAGAGGAUGCAGACGAGUGGAUGGAGAAUGCGGAUGCGGAUGCGGAGGCAGAUGCAGAUGCGGCGGAGGAGGACGACGAAGACGAGGAGGAGAUGGACAUGUUUGACCAUGGUGAGCGAAUCGAGUCGGACGAUGGCGCGGAUGAUGACGAUAUGGGAGUGGGCUGCGCGCAAGACACGUUUGCGGAUGCAGUGAAACGCAAUGGUAGCUUGCCGUUCCAGGCAUAUGCGCCUGUACUGAGCCGCAUGUUUGGCACAUCCGACGGAUCGCUUGGGAGUGCGCUUCUGACGCUUUCUCGACCGUUUGAAGCGUCCUUCCCGUCGCUUACGUUGAGCACGAGCGACAAGCCGACAUCAGGCGUGCUGCGCGCGCUCCACUUGCGCUCGCUCUCGGUGCUCAACAAUCUGCUGCUGCGUCUGGCGACGUUUUCGCCACCUCCACCAUCGCAGCCCGUCACGGAUGCCAAAGUGCAACGUCGGAUCGGUGCUUUUCGCACGUGGAUCCACGCGGGACCGCAGAACGACGUACUCAAACGUGUGUGGCUGAGCCUGUUCGAGAUCGCCAAGGGAUGCGCUAGUGUUCCUGCGGUCGCCUCGGCCGGGGCGGGUCUAGGCACGCAUGUCAACAAUGUCGACGUUGGUGUCAGUGGUGUCACUGGUGGUUUGCACGCCGACGAAGGAUGUGAUGGGUUGACGAUGGUCGAGACGUGUAUUGGAGGCAUGUGGUCGAUAGCGCGCUUGUUGGAAGGCAACCUGCCGCUUUCGACCACGUCGUCGAUCGACGUUUCGCAUGCUGCGGCGGUACAGAGCGAGAUCGUGGUGGCGUUACAGUCUGGCUAUGCCUCGGCGAGUUCCGACGCGAUGCGGGUCAAAUGUAUCCUGACGCUCUCUACGCUAGCGCGUUCGGCUCAGAUAAACGCAUCGGUCAAUGCGCACAUCGGUGCGUUCCUCGUCUCGAUUCUUGAAUCCAUCGCUGACGCGGCUUCCAACUCAACAUCUGGCACCACUCCCGAGAGCAUGGUAGCCGCCAUCAACGGCAUCAUCGACACGUACGCCGAUGAAUCCUCCCACUACGAUUCGCUCGCUUUCCGUCACCAAAAUCUGCUUUCCCGAAUCAGACUCACCGUCUUCAACUGCAAAGCACUCGCCAAACACAUCGAUCGCAGAAAACAUCCCAGCCUCAGAGAAAGCGCUCAAGAAGCUAUCGAAAACCUUCUCGGCUUCGUACAGUAUAGGCAGGCUUUGCGCCUCUAA